GUCGAGGCGCGAAUAGCAUUAUAAUGGCGGCACCCUUGGCCUGUUUUUCAUGUGUUUCAUCGUCGUGAUGCGGAGAUCUGCGAUGUCUGCUGUACGGUCCUUUUGCACCCGGGUUUCCCUGCCUAGACUCCUUUCAGUCACGCCUGCGUCGUCCAUGAUUGACUCGAAAUUGGACAUUAAAGCAACUGGAUUAGAGGCCAAUAGUAGUGUGACUAUUAGAUCUGUCUUGGAGCAGGAAACCCGGAAUGGUGUAGUGAAGUUUGAGGGUCAUGCUCAUUACAUCGCUGAUGAUAGGGGGGUCGUAUCAGUCCCUGAUCAGAGGUCGCUAGGAGGGACGUAUAAUGUUGGAAACAUUUCCCGCCAAGAUGCUGAUCCUAUGGGUCUGUUGUGGAGCAUGCUUCCCUCACCUGGCCAGCGUUUUGGUGCCCGUAUUGUGUGCAAAGAUGUCACAAAACCUAUGACGGUGCACCUCUCUCUACACGGUGGUCAUCUGGAUACAAUGACACUGCAGACGGCUGAACCGGAGGCUACUACGACAGCUGAGAGGUGGUACAUGGGCCAGAACGUAGAGAGGAUCACGGUCCACAGCGGACGCUUGAGGGGGUCUGUAUUCAAACCCAAAGGCCCAGGUCCGUUCCCUGGUGUGAUCGACAUGUAUGGAUCAACGGGGGGACUGAUAGAGACUAGAGCAGCUAUACUGGCAUAUCACGGCCUCGCCUGCUAUGCUUUGCCAUAUUUUAAAUAUGACGACCUGCCCUCUCAAAUGUGGAACUUGGAGCUGGAAUAUUUUAAGGAAGCUAUUGACUGGAUGGCUGAUCAGCCCUUUGUCAAGCCAGGCGGUAUUGCAAUGGUUGGCAUCUCUAUCGGGGCACAAAAUGUCCUGGCAACUGUCUCACAAUUCCCUGAAAAGGUAAAGGCUGUAGUCAGUAUCAGCGGUGCCCAUGUUUACACUAGUUUCCCCAUGACCCUGAAUGGAGAAGCUUUGCCGUUUGUUGAGUUUGAUUUUGGAGGAAUCAAAUCGUCAGCGUCGACGGACGGAGCUCAAGAUAUGUUUGAUUGCUAUAAGGGAGUCUAUGAUGUCAAAGAAGAGGAGGGUGUAAUAUUUAAGCUUGAAAAUGCUCCAAAUUGCAAGUUUCUCUUCAUCGUUGGAGACUCUGAUAGGCUAUGGGACAGCUGCCACUACGCACAACAAGCCAUACAGAGACUGGAGAGACAUGGAUGUCACAACCAUCAACUGCUGAGCUAUCCAAAUGCCGGGCACCUGAUUGAGGUUCCAUAUGUACCUGCCAGUGGGGUGUCCUUCUCGGCAUUUUUAGGAAACGUGGUUGACCAUGGAGGUACAGUGAAGGGCACGGCACAAGCAAACGAGGACUCCUGGCCCAAGAUUGUCAAGUUCCUGCAUAAGUGCUGUGGCAGUGACUAUUCCAAGCUUUGAGCACCAAUAGGAAUGGACACGGGUAUACUUCAAUCUGCAAAAAUCUAGAACCAAGAAUGCGCUUUAUAAAAAGACAGAAGCAAAUUACUUUUGAGUGGUCAGAUCAAGUUCAUACAAUCAUUGCCUCUGGUGAUUACUGAAUUAUGAAAUUCAGCCACAUAAAAUCUGAUUUGUUUUGUGGGUGAAACCCAUCAAUGAAUCUGUUUAUUAAGACAUCCUUAUAGCUAUGAUCUGUAGAAAGAGGAAUGUCGAGGUGGAAACCACACGUGGGGAAUGGUAACUUCCAACUGAAGGAUUUCCCUUUCCCUAGAAGAUCAAUUAGCUCCCAGACAGCAAGAAAAGCCUAGUUAUCACAUCGAGGUGAGAACCACAGAGAGCAAUGCAAACAAGCCCCAAACUGCAAUGCAGACAUAUAUGGAAACAUUCUGCAAAUGUCACUGACUGAAUCUGCAAAUGUCACUGACAACCGAGACAGACGCACACUAUCUCCCAGACGAUCGGCAAAGUUGAAUUCCACACACUGUCUGUGCAGUCUGUGCAGUCUGCGUAAGCUUAGCAUGGAUAUGGAAACUAGACUUAACAUUCUAGUCUAGGGCAGGAGAUUGUAUGUGACACAUUGUUAUGUGGGGCAGAGGGGUAUAUAAAAAUAUUUGAUCAGAUAUUCCUGUGAAUAACAAUUUAGCUUGAAAGAAUGUUGCAUCACGACGCCACUUUUUUUCAUCAAAUAUUAUCUCAAUGAAGGUCAGUCUUUGAGAAACAUUUCCAAUUUGUUGGAAAUGCAUUCGACUCUCCAUAGCCUUUGUAAACAACCAAAGAAGUGUCAUCUGGAUACUACAUUCUAUCCAUUUAACUUAUUCCUCUAUUAAUUUCCGGUGAGUAAAAAUACAAUCACAGUGUGGGGCCAGUUCCGUUAGAUUUGCUUUAGUAUUUGAGAUAAGCAACAUCGGCGAAUCAAGUGUUUUCCCCCUUAAAUCAGAGGGUAGCAUUACAUUUACUCUGAGCUUCCCAAUUCCAUCUAAAUCCGUCUCCCAAUUUUGGGGGAUUUUGGUAGGCAAGCCAUGAGUACCAAACUUGUCCAUAAAAAUCCACCUAUAACUGUGGUGGAUUUGUGAUGGAUUGGGGCGAAUUUGGUCCUGAAGCAUUAUGUGAAGCAGAGACUCUGCUUCACAUAAUGCUGCAGGACCAAUGACUCAGUGGUUGGUCUUUGCAGACUUGGUACUGUUUUUAGUCAAACUCGGUACGGAUUUAAUAAGGUUAAGGGUUCAAAUGUCAAAACUAAUAGGUCAUACAAGAGUUGGAAAUCAGUAUUUUACGUUGCCAACAUGUGCCUUGCUGCCAUGGGCUACAUGUAACAAUAUACCUUGUACUAUGAAAUAAAUUUUUGUAAUGCUGCAUUCUUUAUAAUUGUAAAAAAAAAAAUAUUGUAAAUUAAUAAUGCAUUGUUAUAACAUUAUAUUUAUAUUAUCAAUCCAAAGAUUGGUGUCUUGUUUUUGGCCCUGUUUGGCUUCUUAAGUUGAGUGGAUAAAAUAAAGUUGAAUAACUUUGUUUUCCUCCUUCAGAAGUUAUUUCAGUUUCACUUGUAUAAACCGAUACUGAUCGCCAGUAUCAAUUAUACAAAAAUAUAUGUUAGUACUUCUUGUGAUCAGCCAUGUCAAGAUGCUAUGCAUGCUCACUGCCAAACUUGGACAUCAACAAUGUAUUUCCUACUGAAAUUAUUUGAUAUUUAAUACAAUCAAAUAAUCAUGCAAGAAU